AUGCCUAGACAAUGGAAAAGAACGACUAAAAGAGGUGUGCCUGCCAGUGUUUUAAAAACAGCAUCUGAUGAAGUCACAAAGAAGGGCAAGUCAGUCAGGUCAGUUGCGAAGGCACAUGGGAUCUGCCAUGUAACAUUGAGCAGAUACUGCAAAUCACUUCAGAAGCUGAGAGACCUGGGGUCCAGUGAUCUUCCAAGUGUAGGUUACCGCAGUAGCAACAAAGUUCUCUCUGAGGUGCAGGAGAAGGUGCUGGCUGGCUAUUUGACUCAGGCAGCAGACCUGUAUUAUGGACUGACUCCACGCUGCAGACUGGAAGCGAGAGAGACAAAAGAAAUCACUGCAUACACAGGAGGCUCAGUACUGCUGCCCUGCUCCUGCACUGACCUCCACACCACACCUGGGACAUUCACAUGGGAGAAACUCAUAACAGAUAAAUAUGUAGAGAUAUCUCCUGAGAGUGAUCAGUACAAAGACAGAUUUCAGCUGGUUAAUGAUCACUCUUCAGGAAAUCUCUCUCUGCUCAUAUCACACCUGGCUGUAGAGGAUGGAGGAUGGUACAGGUGUCACAUCAGCAACAAUGACUAUAAAGACGUCUCAGUCACAGUUAAAGAGGCCACAAGAAGACCUUCAACACCCAGACCAAAGACCAAACCCACUUCCACAGCAGUUCUUGUAGACGUCACACCUACAAAACCAACCCUGGUGGUCAAGGACAAAAUGACCACAAACUCUGAAACAUCUGGAAAAGGUAACGAUUAA